AUGUCCGCCCAACGCUUCGCUCUUCCGCCCGGUGUCUACCACGUGCAGACUACGGAGUCCCCCGCCCGAAACGUCGUCAACCCAGGUACUGACGGACAGCAGCUCUUCGUUGCGUCGCCUUCUGGCGCGGAUGACCAGAAGGCGAGUCGUACUGGAUUCCGUAUCGUCCUUGCUCUCCUACUAAAUCUCAUGAACGCAGUGGCUGAUCUCCGGCGACGGCAUCAUGAGGGCCCUCAGCGUCAAGCUAUUACUCGCGCCACGAGUGGUGUCGAGUGGAUCAUCAGCGUCGAAUGGGACGAGGGAAGUAACUCGUACAAGGGCCCAAUCAUGGCCAACGAUUCCUCCAAGCGCCGCUUCUCCCUCAACGGCAACAACAUUGAGCUCGCCGCAGCGUCGUCCAGCCAGGAAUGGGUCUUCGUUGCCGCUUAA